AUGAACUGUACAUUCAAUAUAUCAACUCAACACAAUAAUAAUGAUUUAUACAAUUGUAGUUAUUCAAAAAUCAAUAUUGAUUCAAUUAAAGAUGGUAAUGAACAAUUAUAUUUAAAAAUAGGUGAAUCUAAAUAUCCAAUCAAUUCAACAUUAAACUUUGAAAACAAAAAAACUGACAACAAAAGUAGUACAUUGAAGAAAGCAUUAAUACCAACAUUUGUCGGUGGUGCUGCAUUGUGUGCUGCUGCAUUUAUUGGUUAUAAAUAUAGAGAAAAUAUUUUAAAAAAAAUGGUAAAUCAAAUGUGUAAUUAUAAGAACUAA